AUGAAGUUCGGCACCACCCUGCGCAAUGCCGUGUACGAGCCGUGGAGGGAGUCGUACGUCGACUACGCCAAGCUCAAGAAGCUGCUGAGAGAGGACGACUCAGCAAAAGGCAAGGACGACGCCUGGACCGACGAGGAUGCCCAAGCCUUCUACGCCGAGCUGGUCAACUCGCAGCUCGAGAAGGUCACCAACUUCCACAAGUCGACCUACCAGAAGCUGCGCGACCGCACCGCCAAAUGCGAGUCCAAGCUGGACCCCGUCGCCAAAGCCGUCCAGGAGACUGACACUCCCGCUACCUCAUAUGCCGGUGCUGCAAAGAAGCCCUCUCCCUCGGAGGGCGAGAGGAAGCGCAUUCUGAAGGAAGUCCUCGAGGAGCUGGACCGCAUCACCAAGGACAUCAACGAGCUCGAAAAGUAUAGCCGCAUCAACUACACUGGCUUCCUCAAGAUCGCAAAGAAGCACGACCGCAAGAGAGGUGGCCGUGUCUCGAGCAUCCGCCCGCUGGUCAAGUCCAGGAUGGCCGAUGUUCCCUUCAACAACGAGGACUACUCUCCCNUCCUCUACCGUCUGUCGGCCAUGUACUCGUUCGCUCGCCAGAACCUCGAGGGCCAGGACCGUCCCCUCUCGCUCGUCGAGUCUGUCGCUGGCGAGGAGAGCUACGUCACCCACAAGUUCUGGGUUCACAUGGACAACCUCCUCGAAGUCAAGACCAUCAUCCUCCGUCGUCUCCCCGUCCUCGUGUACAACCCCCAGACCGAAAAGAUCGCCGAGGGCUCCCAGCAAGAUCCCUCCAUCACCUCCAUCUACUUUGACAAUCCCGACUUCAACCUCUACUCCAACAAGGUCGAACACAAGACCGACGCCUCCAACCUUCGCCUGAGAUGGUACGGCAAGCUAAGCCAGAAGCCUGAGAUCAUGUUUGAGAAAAAGACUGUCAAGACCGAGAACACCAGCGCCGACGAAAGGUUCCCCAUCAAGGACAAGUACAUCCAGCCCUUCAUCAAGGGCGACUACCACAUGGAGAAGGCCAUCGAGAAGCGCUCGUCGCGUCAUAUCUCCGAGGACCGGAUUCAGUCAUUCAAGAAGAGCGUUAACGACAUUCAGUCAUUCAUCAAGGACAAUGACUUGCAGCCCAUUAUCCGCGCCAACUACACUCGUACUGCUUUCCAGAUCCCCGGUGAUGACAGAGUGAGAAUCUCGAUCGACACCAAUCUCGCCUUCAUCAAAGAAGAUGCUAUUGAUGUUGACCGUCCCUGCCGCGACCCCGAAGACUGGCACCGCAGAGACAUUGACGAUGCCGAGAUGGAGUUCCCUUUCAAGUCUAUCCGCAAGGGCGAACUCGCCACCUUCCCUCACGCAGUCCUUGAAAUCAAGGUCAAGAACGACAAGGACUACGAAUGGAUCGAGGAUCUGAUGAACUCACACUUGGUCAAGGAGGCUCCCAAAUUCUCCAAGUUCGUCCACGGUGUUGCUUCUCUCUUCGAAGACAAUGUCAACACCUUCCCCUUCUGGCUUUCCACCCUUGAGGAGGACAUCCGUCAAGACCCCGAAGACGCUUUCGAGAAGGAGCAGGCCAAGAAGCAAAAGCAGCAAGAAGACGAGCUGGCUGUCGGUAGUUUAAUGAAGAGCAAGAGCCACUCAUCAUACAAGCCUGGCGGUAUCUCACCUGUUGGCUCGCCCACAGACAAGACUGGCAGCUUCCUCGACCGCCGUGCUUCUCGUCAGAGUGCCCUCAAGACGGGCGGCCAGUCGCUUGGAAGCGUCGCGCGCUCCCAGCCUACUGGUAUGGCAGCUGUCGCAGAUGAGCCGGACUCUGACGACGACGGCCGCCAGGCUCACAACACUGAGGCCACCACCCAAUCCGGUCUGCAAACUCUCUUCCCAUCCUUCUCGACUUCCAAGUACGCAGCGAACCGCCGCACUCGCGACAUGCCUCUGCCUGCUGGUGUCCAAAAACCCGAAUACUGGAUCAAGGACCAGGGCCCUGUCAAGGUCGAAGCCAAGGUCUGGCUUGCUAACCAGCGUACUUUUAUCAAGUGGCAACACAUUACCGUCCUCCUCGCCUCAUUGAGUUUGGGUCUUUUCAACGCCGCUGGUGAGAACAACAACAUCGCCCGUGCGCUGGCGCUCGUCUACACUCUUGCCGCAGUCUUCACUGGUGUCUGGGGCUGGGGUGUUUACCAAUGGAGAAGUCGUCUCAUCGAGCAGCGAAGUGGCAAGGACUUUGACGCUCUCACUGGUCCUGUCGUCGUCUGUGUUAGUCUCUUUGUCGCACUGAUUCUGAACUUCGUCUUCAAGUAUCAGGAAAUGCGUCACAAUGCAGAGCACCACGGUCAUGGCCACCACCAACAUUCCAACCAGACUCACUCCAUCUUUGGCAUGGACGAGUUGAAGUAA